GGCACGGAUCCUUUUUGGAAAUUAAUAUUUAAAAAAAAGCCGAGGACGCAGAGGGGAAGGUGGGGGCAAGAGGGAAGGCGAGACACUCAGAGAGGGAGACAGAGCCCCACACUGAGAGGAAGGAAGGCAGGCAGGCAACAGUCGCCGGCAGCCGAUGUGAAGACCGGACUGCGUGCGCCCUUCGCCGCCUUUGCCCGGCCUCAUCGAUGUUGUGUCCGCCGCCCGCUCGCCCGGAUCACGAUGAACGCGCAGUUGACCAUGGAGGCGAUCGGCGAGCUGCACGGGGUGAGCCAUGAGCCAGUGCCCGCUCCUGCCGACCUCCUGGGCGGCAGUCCCCACGCGCGAAGCUCCGUGGCGCACCGUGGCAGCCACUUGCCCCCCGCGCACCCUCGUUCCAUGGGCAUGGCGUCCUUGCUGGACGGCGGCGGCGGCGGCGGCGAUUACCACCACCACCACCGGGCCCCCGAGCACAGCCUGGCCGGCCCCCUGCACCCCACUAUGACCAUGGCCUGCGAGACUCCCCCAGGUAUGAGCAUGCCCACCACCUACACCACCUUAACCCCUCUGCAGCCGCUGCCGCCCAUCUCCACCGUCUCGGACAAGUUCCCCCACCAUCACCACCACCACCAUCACCACCACCACCCGCACCACCACCAGCGCCUGGCGGGCAACGUGAGCGGUAGCUUCACGCUCAUGCGGGACGAGCGCGGGCUGGCCUCCAUGAAUAACCUCUAUACCCCCUACCACAAGGACGUGGCCGGCAUGGGCCAGAGCCUCUCGCCCCUCUCCAGCUCCGGGCUCGGCGGCAUCCACAACUCCCAGCAAGGGCUCCCUCACUAUGCCCACCCGGGCGCCGCUAUGCCCACUGACAAGAUGCUCACCCCCAACGGCUUCGAAGCCCACCACCCGGCCAUGCUCGGCCGUCACGGGGAGCAGCACCUCACGCCCACCUCGGCUGGCAUGGUGCCCAUCAACGGCCUUCCUCCGCACCACCCUCACGCCCACCUGAACGCCCAGGGCCACGGGCAGCUCCUGGGCACGGCCCGGGAACCCAACCCUUCGGUGACCGGCGCACAGGUCAGCAAUGGAAGUAAUUCAGGGCAGAUGGAAGAGAUCAAUACCAAAGAGGUGGCGCAGCGUAUCACCACCGAGCUCAAGCGCUAUAGCAUCCCACAGGCCAUCUUCGCGCAGAGGGUGCUCUGCCGCUCCCAAGGGACCCUCUCGGACCUGCUGCGCAACCCCAAACCCUGGAGCAAACUCAAGUCCGGACGGGAGACCUUCAGGAGGAUGUGGAAGUGGCUGCAGGAGCCCGAGUUCCAGCGCAUGUCUGCGCUCCGCUUGGCAGCAUGCAAAAGGAAAGAACAAGAACAUGGGAAGGAUAGAGGCAACACACCCAAAAAGCCGAGGUUGGUCUUCACAGAUGUCCAGCGUCGAACUCUACAUGCAAUAUUCAAGGAAAAUAAGCGUCCAUCCAAAGAAUUGCAAAUCACUAUUUCCCAGCAGCUGGGGUUGGAGCUGAGCACGGUCAGCAAUUUCUUCAUGAACGCAAGGAGGAGGAGUCUGGACAAGUGGCAGGACGAGGGCAGCUCCAAUUCAGGCAACUCAUCUUCUUCAUCAAGCACUUGUACCAAAGCAUGAAGGAACACCCACAAACUAAACCUCGGUGGAAAAGCUUUAAAUAAAAAAAUUUUUAAAAGACCAGGACCUCAAGAUAGCAGGUUUAUACUUAGAAAUAUUUGAAGAAAAAAAAAGUGUUAUUUAUAGUCCAAAGAAACCAAAGACUUAGCUCACCUGCAUUCUGACUUUGUUCGGAGACACACACUUCAGCGGGGCAACGACUUGGCAAGAGAAAAUAUGAGCAGAAAAGCACCACUGGAUCUCACACCUUCAAUCCAUGAUCAUUCUCGCUGUGCUUGGCUGUUUUGUGGUUUGGA